AUGGCCGACGAACAAGCUGCACAACAGCCACCGGCUGCCGAGACCAAGGACUUGCACACCGACCCAGUCACCGGCGAGAAAAUCUCCAAGAGUGAACUGAAGCGUCGCCAGAAGCAGCGCGAGAAGGACGAGAAGAAGAAGGAGAAGGAGGCGUCGCUACCUGCGCGGCCCAAGAAGGAGAAGAAAGACGAUGUCGAGGAAUUGAACCCAAACCAAUAUUUCGAGAUCCGGUCUAACAAGAUCAACGCUCUCCGCGCCUCCAAGCAACCCAACCCGUACCCGCACAAGUUCCACACCAACUACAAGCUCGCCGACUAUGUUCGCGACUACUCGCACCUCAAGAAGGGAGAGACUGAGCCCGACAAGGAGAUUCGCAUCGGUCUCCGCGUCAUGACACAGCGCUCUGCCUCCAACGCGCUGCACUUCUACGUUUGCAAGGCUGAGGGUGUCAACAUCCAGGUCAUGUGUCAAUUGCAGGAAGCCAAGGCCGACGUACCCUUCGAGAAGCAGCAUGAGAACAUCCAGCGAGGAGACAUCAUCGGUGUCAUCGGAUACCCAGGUCGCACCAGCCCCAAGAAGGGUGGUGAGGGUGAGCUGAGCAUCUUCGCGCGCGAGGUGAUCCUUCUCACCCCCUGCUUGAGGAUGUUGCCGACGGAGCACUUUGGCUACAAGGACCAGGAGCAACGCCACCGCAACCGAUUCCUCGAUCUCAUCAUGAACGACUCAACACGCAACACCUUCAUCACUCGGAGCAGGAUUAUCAAGGCUGUUCGCAAGUACCUCGACGAACGGGACUUUCUGGAAGUUCAGACGCCUAUGAUGAACAAGAUUGCUGGUGGUGCGACUGCGCGACCAUUCAAGACAUACCACAACGAACUCGACAUGGAGCUUUACAUGCGUAUCGCGCCCGAGCUAUACCUCAAGGAGCUUGUAGUUGGAGGUCUGGAGAGGGUAUACGAGAUCGGCCGUCAAUUCCGUAACGAGGGUAUCGAUCUUACCCACAACCCCGAGUUCACCACCUGCGAAUUCUACAUGGCAUACGCCGACUACAACGACGUCCUGAACAUGACCGAGGAGCUCGUCAGCGAGCUGGUCAAGGAGGUCACAGGCGGAUACGAGACCGUCUACCACACUCAGAGCGGCGAGGUCUACAACGUCAACUGGGCAAGGCCAUGGAGGCGAGUCGAGAUGAUCCCGGCAUUGGAGGAGGCCACCGGCGAGAAGUUCCCACCAGCGGAUCAACUACACACUGCCGAGACCAACGAGUUCCUCAAGAAUGUACUCAAGAAGGUCAAGGUCGACUGCUCAGAACCUCGCACCAACUCAAGAAUGAUUGAUAAGUUGGUUGGUGAGUUCAUCGAGGAGACUGCUAUCAACCCUACAUUCAUUAUCGGUCACCCCGAGGUCAUGUCGCCACUUGCUAAAUACCACCGCGAUAUCCCUGGUCUCUGCGAACGUUUCGAGGCCUUUGUAUGCAAGAAGGAGAUCUGCAACGCUUAUACUGAGCUGAACGACCCCUUCGAUCAGCGUCUGCGAUUCGAAGAGCAAGCGAACCAGAAGGCGGCUGGUGACGACGAAGCACAGCUCAUUGACGAGACCUUCUGUCAGUCGCUCGAGUACGGUCUGCCACCCACCGGUGGUUGGGGUAUGGGCAUCGACCGUCUAGUCAUGUUCUUGACCGACCACUACUCCAUCAAGGAGGUGCUCACCUUCCCCUUCAUGAAGGACAUUAUCGAGGUCAAGACGCCCGCAGCGGAGGUCGUCGAUGUAACGCCCAAGCCCACUGAGGGCAUUCGUAAGUCCAUCUUAGUCUGA